AUGACUUCACGCCUAAACGAUGAACUCGCUGAGGAGAUCGACUCUGUAAACGCAAUAUACGGCUCUUCCACAAUAAUACCAACGUCGAAUUCUUCCGGUUACUUUCCCUCUGGUCCAGAACAGCUACCCCUCACCACCACAAUAGUUCUGAGCAUCCCGGACCACUCGGACUUCUCUUUCCUUAUUGCAUUCGACGAAAAAUACCCCGCCACUCCUCCACGAGUAAUUGGCACUGCAUCAACAAGUUCUCGCGGUGAAGGAGAAAAAUGGCUAAAUGUACUCAGGAACUCAGUGAAGAAAGUUUGGCAAAAGGGAUUUGUGUGUCUCUAUGACGUUAUAGAGGAUUGCGCAGAACGCUUCAGUGAAAUGCGAGCGGGAGAAUUCGAGGAACCUUCUCGCGAAGAUGGAGCCCUGGUUUCUGGAUCUCGGGAUAUCAAUGUCCCUCCACAGUCGUUACAUGCAUCCUUUGGCCUCGAUAAUCCCCCAGAUUGGGUACUGUCGGAUCCAAUCACGGAAAAGAAAUCCGUGUUUAUUGCUCGUGCAGCCAGAGUCCAAUCGAGGGAAACAGCUAAAAAGUAUCUAGAUUACCUCCUUGGCACAGAAAAGAAGGUUGCCAGUGCAACGCACAAUAUCACAGCCUGGCGUAUUAGGCAAAAACCGGCAACGGGCUCGAGUGGUGCUCCUGCAGGUGAGGAAACUAUCUUUCAAGAUUUUGACGAUGAUGGUGAAACAGCUGCUGGUGGCAGAUUGCUGCAUCUCAUGCAAUUGAUGGAUGUAUGGGAUGUGGUCGUUGUUGUUACAAGAUGGUACGGAGGAGUUAAAUUGGGCCCUGAUCGCUUCCGAAUCAUCAAUAUGACGGCUCGAGAUGCCUUACUCAAGGGUGGAUUUACGAAGUCUGAAGCCAGUUCUACCAAGGAAAAAGGCAAAAAGAAGGGUAAACGAUGA